UGCACUAACAUCGUUCAAAGACGGACUGGUAUAAAGCGAUCAACUAUAUCACAAGUUUCGAGGAAGAAAUUUGAAGUAACAACGAUCUGCAGUUUGAGGUUCGCAAUCAAAACGAACAGGUUGGAUCACAGUUUUAUGGACAAGUUCUCUCGAUUGUCUCGAGAUUCAACAUGCUUCUCCUGAAAGCAUUUCUUUUGCUAACCGUUUUGAUACCAAUGAUAACAUCAACGACAGAUGUUGAAACUCGGAAGAAACGAUCAGUAAGUUCCUACGCCGUUGAAGGUUACUACUCCUUAUUUCCAGCCGCAAAUCUGACAAAGCAGAUGUGGGGUCACAACUCCAAUGUAAGGUGUCAAGAAACAUGCAGAGAAAAGGGUUACAUUUUGGCGGCGACGAAAGGGGACCAAUGUCAGUGUGGAAAUGUCUAUCCCAGGGGGAAUAAAGUGAACGACAGUCAAUGCACCAGCAGAUGUCGAUCGUGGUCGUCCUGUCGUGGAGCUCAAAGCUGCUGCGGUGGACCCAGUGCUUAUACCGUGAGCGUCGUUGGCAACAUUGAUGUCGCGAAACAAGUACUUCGUAGACUAAGUCACGAGUGGCAGACAAAUACAGGAUUCCGGAAUUACAUGAAAUCGCUUGUUAGAAGACCGACUACAGGAAGUCACGUGGAGGACUGGUCGAAAUUGUUUAACCGUCGAGGUUGGUCACUGUGUGGGCAUGGCAGGUACAUGGCGGGAUUAUACAGGAACAGCAGAAGGAGCAAUGAUUACAUUCAUCUUAUUGAGCAAGCAUAUUGUGUCGAUGCGCCUGGCGACCUGUAUUCUGCAAAAAAGGAUCAGUAUUGUUACGACCACAACUGGUGGAAAAGUUUCAACAAGAAAGGUUGGUCUACGUGCAGUAACGGUUACUACAUGACCGGACUCUGGCGAAAUUCGGGAAAUAAACUAUACCACAUCGAAGAAGCCAAAUGCUGCAAACCGAAGUCCCAGGUUACACGAUGGGGAGAAUGUUACAAUCACAAUGCCUGGAAGUCAUUCAAUAACAGAGGAUGGACCGAUUGUAAACCUGGAUACUACAUGGUGGGGUUAUUCAGGAACUCAUGUAACAAAUUAUACUGCCUGGAAGAGUUUAAAUGCUGCAAAAUGGGAGCUUACAAUGGUUACUCGUGGCUGGAAAGACCGGAUCUUGUGAUAAAAGUUAAAGAUCAAGGACAGCUCAAGCAGUGCUCAAUGAAUGCGAUGGAUUAUUCUGCUGAUAGCGAAACAUACAAAUGCAAUGCCAUCUCCGAUCGCUCCAACAUGUUGGCAAUUAAUGCAUUGAAAUUCAACAUCGAAGACAAAUCGCCACUGAACGUCGCCAAACCUGAACCUGUCCCAGGCUUUCGUCCUGUCAUAUGCUCCGCUCAUUCCAUCCAUACAAGUGUACCAAAUGGCUCACGACAUCUGUAUCAACUUCAUCCACCUUAA